UGUGGACGUCACACUUCCGGUCUCAUCCUCCGUGUUGUGCAACAAUGGCGUCCUGUGUUGAGGAGUCUGCUCCAGCCACAGAGGAGGAGCCUCAGACUGAAGCUACAGCCUCCGAGAAGAGAGAGGCGAGACUGAGGAAGUUCAGAGAGCUGCACUUCAAACGGAAUGAAGCACGUAAGCUCAAUCACCAGGAGGUUGUGGAGGAGGACAAGAGACUGAAACUCCCUACUAACUGGGAGGCUAAGAAAGCCAGACUGGAGUGGGAGCUUGCUGAAGACGAGAAGAAAAAGGAAUGUGCUGAAAAAGGGGAGGACUAUCACAGAGUGAAACUGCUUGAAAUCACUGCUGAAGACGCAGAGCGGUUUGAGAGGAAGAAAAGGAAGAAGAACCCAGACACAGGAUUUGCAGGUUAUGCUGAGGCCCAAUUCCGACAGUACCAGAGGCUCACCAGGCAAAUCAGACCAGACAUGGAAGGCUAUGAGAAGCAGAGAGAGGAUUGCGGUGAGGACUUCCACCCCACGUCCAACAGCCUGAUCCACGGAACCCACGUCCCCACAAAGGAGGGCAUUGACCGCAUGGUGGAAGAUGUUGAGAAACAGAUAGAGAAGCGGGCCAAGUACAGCCGACGCAGGGCCUACAACGACGACGCAGACAUCGACUACAUCAACGAGAGGAAUGCCAAGUUCAACAAGAAGGCGGAGCGUUUCUACGGCAAAUACACAGCGGAGAUCAAACAGAACCUGGAGAGAGGAACAGCUGUCUAGAAGAUCCAGACACCUCAGCGGACGUGUUCAUGUUCACUUUUGUCUUCAUUUCGGAGUCUUGGAUGUUUCUUUUUCUUCUCCAUACUUGCUGCAUAACUAGAAUACAUGUAUUAAAAUGCUUAAAAUGUACUUAUUGUAUUGUACGGCGGUAGUCUAUCAUUUGUUUUACAUGAUGUUGAGGUUAUUGUGGGCCGUAAAGAUAGUUCAAUCAUCUGUAAGACAUGUGGUGUUCUUUGUACAGUACUAGAAGUAAAAACAACUUCUGAUUAUUUUUAUCCUUUCUUUUUAAAUAAACCACUUACAGUUAUCUUG